AUGGAGGACAACCUAGAUCGCACGUUACUCCUUCCACCACACACCGGCCCCAAUGUCUUUCCCAAUAGCCCUUUCUUCAGCAAGCUCCUGCGCCAUGCACGACGCGAUCGUCUUGCCCUUCGAGAUGUCGAUCUGGGACUCGAGAAGACCUAUACUGAAAUCCUAUCCGAUGUGCUGUCCUUCAGGUCUGUGGUCGAGCGGUCACUGAGUGAGAAGACCAUCAGCGCUCUCGAAAGGGGUGACGAGGUCUACAUUGGAGUGAUGGCUGCCGGCGGUUAUGAAUUCACCGUUGCUGUGCUGACGGUCCUCGCCCUUGGAGCCGCGGUGGUUCCUAUAGCUACCUCUGCACCCGUGGCUGAAGUCGCUUAUUUCGUCACAAAAUCACGACAAGCACUGCUUCUCGUGAGCGAAGAAGUCCUCCAGCAUGGCCGAGACGUUCAGAAGUACAUCCACUCCGACGCAGGUGUCGACAUCUCUAUACUCCCCAUUCUUUCCAACAUUCCACAGUCUUCUGCCCUCUCCGCCUUUGAAAUAGUACUCUCUUCAACGCGGCGCUUAGACGACUACGGCCCCGGAGUGGUCAUCUUCACCUCAGGCACGACAGGUCGGCCGAAAGGCGCUGUAAUGCGCCGCUUGUACACGCACGAGAGCGCGCUAGCGAUCGGUGAAGGCUACGAUGUGUCGCACACGGACGUGCUCCUGCAUGUCUUGCCAGUCCACCACACGACCGGUCUGCAGACCUCGUUCUUCGUCUUCCUCGUCGCGGGCGCUUGCAUCGAAUUCAAGCGCGGCUCGUUCGACCCGGACUGGGUGUGGAAACGGAUGUUGCGGGGAGGACUGACCGUCUUGUCUGCGGUGCCGACCAUCCUUUUGCGGUUGAAAUGGCACUACGAAAAGCACAUCGCCCCGCUGCCUCCCACAGAACGACAACAGUACGACGAUGCGGCAAACAACUUCCGCGAGGUCAUGUGCGGCUCCAGCGCGCUCCAGGACCCUGUGCAAGAGUUCUGGACCACAUUGCGCCGAGGGCGACCCAUCCUGACCCGCUACGGGGCCACCGAAUUCCCCGGGUGCCUGAAAGUGCCGUCUAACGCAGGCGAUCUCCCUCCCGGGUGCGUGGGCCUGCCCGUGCCGGGGGUGGAAUUGAAACUGUCCGAAGGCGGCGAGGGCGAACUGCUCGUGCGUUCGCCGUACAUGUUCUCCAAGUACCUGUUCGAUACGGAGGCAACGCGCCAGGCGCACGACGCCGAUGGCUUCUUCAAGACGGGCGACAUCCUCCGCCGCGAGGGGCAGUAUUACUUCGUCGUGGGCCGCGCCUCGGUCGACAUCAUCAAGUCCGGCGGCUACAAGAUCUCGGCCAUCGACGUCGAGAGGGCGUGCUUCAAGCUGCCCUACGUCAGCGAGGUGGCCGUGCUGGGCGUCGAGGACGACGAGUUUGGCCAGCGCGUCGCCGCCGUGGUCGCCGUCAAGACAUCGCCUUCGAACGCGAAUGCAGAUACCCUUCCGAGACUAACCAUUGAGCGCCUCCGCGCAGACCUCCGCGGCGAACUGACCCCGUACAAGCUCCCCACCCUCCUACGAGUCGUGCAGGGCGAGCUCCCCAAGGGCGGCACGGGCAAAGUACAGAAGAAGAUCCUCGGGCCGCAGAUGUUUCCGUCGGACUGGAGGACGCAUGCGGACGUGCAGGUCUAUGAGCCCAAGCGAGGCAGGGGUGCGAAGCUGUGA